GAGGAAAGUUCAGUUUGGUUUCUUGUUCCUGAUUUCAGCGAUGGCGGCUGCUGAUCUGAGAGACGAGCUGAGCUGCUCCAUCUGCCUGAGCAUUUAUACUGAUCCGGUAUCCCUGCCCUGUGGCCAUAACUUCUGCCAGGGCUGCGUUGGGAAAACAUGGGACUGGCAGGAGGGGAUAGAGGAAGAUCCUUCUUGCCCUGAAUGUAGACAGAGAUUUAAAAGGAGACCUGAACUGACAAUAGACUGGAAGCUGCGUGGCAUGGUGGAGAGGUUCUGUCCGACUGAGACAGAGCUGGGGGAGACUGGGAUUCCCUGCUCCUACUGUCUCCUCUCUCCUGUACCUGCUGCUAAAUCCUGUCUCCUGUGUGAGGCUUCUCUGUGUGAUACCCACCUGAGGGGGCACUGCCAGUCAGCAGAACAUGUACUCACUGAGCCCACUGAUUCCAUUAUGGGGAGAAAAUGUUCUGUACAUCACAAGGUUCUGGAGUAUCACUGCUGUGAGGACUCUGCCUGUAUCUGUGUGUCCUGCUGCCUGGCCGGGGAGCACCGGGGCCACAGGGUGGAUCUGCUGAGUGAGGCCUCUGAGAAGAAGAAAGAGAAACUGAGGAAAGUUCUGGAGAAACUGAGCCCAGAGAGAGAGGAGACUGAGAGAGGAGCCCAGAGGCUGCAGGAGCGCAGGAGAGAAGUGGCAGAAGUGGCAGCCGGUGAGACAGAAAAAGUCACUGCCCUGUUUAGGGGCAUCAGGGAAGAGCUGGAAGCCCUAGAGAAGCGAAUCCUGAGUGACAUCUCCAGGCAGAAAGAGAAGCUUUGCCUCCAACUGACUGAGCUGAUCCAACAGCUGGAAAUAAAGAAGGACGAGCUGUCCAGGAAGAUCUGUCACAUUGAGGAGCUGUGCAACAUGGCAGAUCCACUCACUGUCCUACAGGAACAAUGGGAAUCCCAUGGAGCUGCCUUUUGUGGGGCUGAGGGGGCA